AUGUCAGGAGGUGUCAAGGCCUCCUCCCUUGUUACGCGAUCCACGAAGCCACCUGCUCCUGCUCCAAGCGACUUCGCACGUCGUCCGGCGAAAGAAGAGACACCGAACCCACCACCAAUACUGCCCGCAGGGUCCUCGAAGUCCAGGAAGGAGAAAGAUGGGCGCAUGACUGACGUGGCGGUGCCGUCCGCCUUGGUUAUCUGUCGCAACAAACACUGGAAAUACAUAUCCUCCUACCACGGACCAUGGCUCGGGUUUUCGACCGAGAUCGUCGAGAGCCUCGCUUAUAGCAACUACUCCGGCCCCCGUCCUCAACCCAUCCACCCGGCCGUGCUCUUCGACCUUGUCAAGAUCAGACGACUGAUCGACGAGGCAACCAGUCUCGCCGUCCGUGCGGCAAAUGGCACCAGUACCUCGGAAUUGCAGAGUUCGUUGAGCACCAGCAAGGGCAUGUUUUACGGAAACGAUGCUGAGAUGCUCGGGCUAUCAACCUCCAAAGGGGUGGGACAUACCAAGAUCAGUCGGGAGCGGAGACACCGAAUGCGGGAUCAGGCAACACAGAAGUUAUACCAAGCGUACGCGCUGGAUGAAGUCGCCGCCAGCGUGGCCAUGAUGCAGUCGGCGUCGGCGUUGGAGGACGUCGCCAAACUCGUCCUGGAGCGCCAGGAACACAAUCCCCACGCUCAAUAUGUCCACUUCUUCCAUGAGAAGAUCCCGUGUAUGGGCGUGGCAGAACACACUUCCCUGGACCCUUUGACCGAUGUCAUCAGGCAAAAGCCCACAGAGUGGUCGCCGUACCGGACGAGGGCAGUUACCCGGAUGUUCAUGCAGGAUUUCGAGGGGGUGGUGCGAGACUGCACGGAUGCUCUGGCCGCAUACAAGCUCUACCAUUCACAACACGAGAGAGACCAACAGGACCUCGUCCAGCCCCAAGACGCUCGAACGCCCGGCCAAGAAUUUCACCCCAAGGGCGGUAUUACCGACAAGGAUCAACCGAGCAGUAUUGAGUCCCAGCUGUUGUUCCUUCGAGGCACCGCAUAUCUCACUCUUUCGUGUCGACACGUCAGACAAGCUCUGCACGGGCUUCGCAAAGACCACGCUCUGCAGGCAGACGAGGGCAUGGACCCAUCGCCGACGGACAUCAAGGAGGACAAACAACGUGCAGAGGCGCGAAAGUUGGUCCGGACCUACGCCAAAAGAGCGCUUCGUGAUUACCUCUCGUAUUUGUCGCAUUUUGAGUACACGCCCGGCCUUUCCCCGGAAUACGCUUCGCAACUCCUCGACCAAUUCACCGAGAAGACGACCGCUGGAACAGGACGUCGUUCUCGCGGUGAGAAUUUGUUUGACGGUGAGGCCCAACAGACGGUAAAGUCGGACACAUUAGUGAAGUACGAGAGCAUGGCGGAUGGUCCGAAAAAGAUAGGCCGUCCUCAAUUGCCUGCACCCCCUAUUUACAAGGUGAACGAGUUGUUUGCGGCGGUACCUCCGGCCAAUGUGCCACCCUACACGCCUGAACGAGAACGAGAGAUUUCCCAAAAUCAUCCCAUCUUCUCCCUGCCGGACUUUGCUGAAGCCGUGAACUACUCGCCCCUCAUGUUAGAGGUUCUCCAUUGUCUACUCCUCUGUCACUGUCUCAUUCAAACAUCGGCCAAGGAGCUUCAGCGACAUGCCUAUAUGGUGGCACGUGUCGCACGUGUUUGCGACGGGUAUCCUGUCUUUCUGGCACCUCGGUCUCCGGCUCGGGCAGAUUGGUUGAAGAUUCUGGCCCGCACCGACAAUUGGAUUGGGCUGGCGGAACCAUGGAGGAAUCUGUGCACGCCUGUCCAUCUGACCCAGUAUCUCAAACGCCCCUCACUGAAGGAUGGCGAGGAAACGUCCGAAGAGAGGAAACUCCGAAUCAAGACCACAGCUCAGAUGCAAGCAUUUACGGACGAGAGCAUUUUGGAGGAAGAACUGCGCAAGACCGAACACAGCGCUCGGAGGAGAGCGCCAUACGAGGCCGAAGACACCACGAGGAAGAAUUCCCAGUUGAAUCCGAGCAGCAGUGGCUGUGGCCGUGGCAGUAAGGACAGUUCCCUCAAGACGCCAGGAGGAUCACGCGCAGAGGACAAGGGGGCGUCUUUCCCAGAGACCACCGAACGCGUGGAGGCCAUCGUGCAAUGGAUCCGUGAGGCACCGCCUCCCAGCGCGAGCGAUGGCACUGGUCGGCACAAAAAGCGGCCUGCAGCCAAAGGGAAAUUGAAAAAGACCGCCAGCUCCGCCUCCAGUGUCAGAGAGACUGACCUGGCGGGCGUUGAGCGGAGCGUCGAGAGCUUGAACCUGGUGGAUUGA